AGACCCUUAGACCACCACGAUAACUUUCUCAACCGCACUCCGACCCAGCAACUCGCCCCCGUAUCUCGAAACUCCCCCAUCUACACCUUCUCGCCGUCUCUCGCCGCCCAGAGGCAUCCGUCGCCCGCAAUGGCCGCCACCGCCAACUCCGUCUACCCCAAGAGCUAUGUCGGGUUCGACAGCAUCACCUCGCAGAUCGAGAAGAAGCUCGUCAAGCGCGGCUUCCAGUUCAACAUCAUCUGCGUCGGCCAGACCGGACUCGGCAAAUCCACCCUCAUCAACACCAUCUUCGCCUCACACCUGAUGGACAGCAAGGGCCGCCUGUCGCCUGAGGAGCCCAUCCGCAGCACCACUGAGAUCCAAGCUGUGUCACACAUCAUCGAGGAGAACGGCGUGCGACUACGCCUUAACAUUGUCGACACCCCUGGCUACGGCGACUUGAUCAACAACGAGCGCUGCUGGGACCCCAUCGUCAAGUACAUCAAGGACCAGCACAGCGCCUACUUGCGCAAGGAGCUGACUGCUCAGCGUGAGCGGUACCUCCAGGACACUCGCAUUCACUGCUGCUUGUUCUUCAUCCAGCCCUCGGGCCACGCCCUGAAGCCCAUUGACAUUGUUGUCUUGAAGAAGCUGUCUGAGUUUGUCAACGUGGUCCCUGUGAUUGCGAAGAGCGAUUCUUUGACCCUGGAGGAGCGCGCGGCGUUCAAGGAGAGGAUAAAGGAGGAGUUUGCUUUCCACAACCUGAGGAUGUACCCGUAUGACAACGAGGAGCACGACCAGGAGGAGGUUGCGUUGAACGCGUCCAUCAAGAACAUUCUCCCGUUCGCCGUCGUCGGCUCCGAGAAGACCAUCGUCGUUGCAGGCAAGCAGGUUCGCGGCCGCCAGAACCGCUGGGGCGUGAUAAAUGUUGAGGACGAGAACCACUGCGAAUUCGUCUACCUUCGCAACUUCCUCACCCGCACCCAUCUUCAAGACCUCAUCGAAACCACCUCGCAGAUCCACUACGAGUCUUUCCGCGCCAAGCAGCUGCUUGCCCUCAAGGAGAGCUCCGCUGUUGGUGGCCACGGCUCGCGACCCAUCUCACCCAGCGCCGACCGGGAACUUAGCCGGAACAGCCAGCGUAUGACGAUGAACGGAUACUAG